UUGAUUUGAAUUAUUUUACCAGCACCCGGCAGAUCCUACUGCUUGUACUCGUAGAACCUGCUGGAUUGUCCCUUCUUGCUUCCUCUACUUUCUCUCGCUAUGACAUAGUUGACUUGUGGACGUUGUGGUUUAAACUAACUUGUACAGCUUCGAUUCGGUAACGGCGAGAAUGGACGGAGCUAGAGCUAGAGGCAUGGGUGGGUUGCCCCUGUAAAAUAUUUUUUUUGUCUGACGUUUCGCUGAGAAAGUGGGCCUGACGUCUGGCUGAUCAGCUGAGGUCAGUUUCUGGAGAAUGGGCAAGCGGUAUCACUGUGAUUUUUGCAAUAAGUCCUUCCAGGAUUCUCGUGCUGGAAGACUGAGACAUUUUCGGGGAACCCAACAUCAACGUUUGCGCCAGCAGCACUAUGAUAGUUUCAAGGAUCCGGCAGAGCUUGCUGCCAGUAGCAGGGAGCAGCCGAUGUGCAUUCAGUUUGCACGGAACGGCCAUUGUCCGUACGGCACUGCAUGCAAAUACUCGCACCGGAGUGCAGAGUCUGUAACAUUGGCACUGCCUUCUUACUGUUGCCAGUCAUCAGUUGAAGCCGUUAAUCUGGCUAAGGAUGCACAAGCGGAUUGCGAUCGGUGGCUUGAAAGCUGGAAGCAGCGGCAGCGAGAUCGACGCUCUGAAAGGAAAUCCAGAGUUGCUAAGUCGUCCCCAUCGCAACAGCCACCCUUGUCAGCACCGUCACCACCACCACCAACAGCUCCACCGGCUCAGCAACACCUAUCCAUUCUUCACUCUUUCUGUCAAUCAGCCAAUCAAGCGCUGCCAAUUUCGUUACUCCCAGGCGUGUCACAGCAGCAGCUUGCUCAGCACUUAUCACCCACUCAUGGCUGGGGAUAAACUUGUGGUGACUUGCGUACGUACGUGCCUUUUUAUAUUAUCUUGUUGUACAUAAAUCAUUUUUAUAUUAUCUUGUUGUACAUAAAUCAUUUUAUAUUAUCUUGUUGUACAUAAAUCAUUUUCGAUAAAUAUGGCCACUACAGUAGUUAAAUAUCAAUCUACUUUGACCUCCGGUUGUUCUCAGCUUUCUCUCUUCUCUGUAGAUACGAGCAGGCUGUUCACGUGCACGCUGCUUGCUGUAAAUAGUGAUACACUGUACAUAUAUCUCUAUGCUGUACGUAACAGUGAUUAUGACGCAGUGCUGCGCAACCCAGUGCUUACCGGUUAUUUUACCACUAUGCCUACCUGUGCACAGCUCUUGUUAGGUGAGUUUCUCUGCCCAGGACUGUACUCCUGCUUUGCUCAAUAAAUUAUUGUUUCCACUGUACAUGUGCUAAAUAUGUUGUAGUGCUUCGCUCUCCGGUACGCCCACACCAUGUACAUAACCCUCCUGCGUGCUCCCCAACGCAUUCACGCUGCACAACUUGUCACUACUUUCACUUUAGCUCAUACAUGUACAUGUACAGUCAACUUUGCGUAUAACCACACUCGGCGGCCGGGCAUCAGAAAAGUGUCCUUAUUCGCGAUGUGUCGUUAUACCCGAAGUCUCAUUAUAAUUAUAUUAUGCAUACAG